UCUCAACUCUCAACACUGCUCCGUCCCCUCCCCUGCCCUCCCUUCCCCCUAUUCGGCUUCUCCACCUCUCCCCCUGGUACAGCCGACGCCUCCCUCCUCCCACCGAUCGUCCCUCUGCUCCUCGCCGCUGGUACUCGUCCUCAGUCACGCCGCCCCUGCUGCUCGUCGCCUCGUCCUCAGUCUCUGCAGGUUUGAAUGGGUUUUGAGAUUGCGUGCACUAUAGCAUGGAGUCUACAGCUGAAGCAAAGUAUGCUGCAUUUGAAGAAAAAGUAGAGCGGACAAUUUUUGUUGACAACCUCUCACCACAAGUUACUGAACCUGUCUUAAAAAAGGCUUUAGAUCAGUUUGGAACUGUUGUGAGUGUAAGUUUUAUUCCAAACUACUUGGAAACCUUGAGUAUCCCUUCUUGUGCUCUGGUAGAGAUGGAGAACUCUGAGAAAGCCAAAAAAGUCAUCUCAUCAAUAACCCAAUUUCCUUUCAUGAUGGCUGGGAUGCCAAGACCUGUGAGGGCCCGUCUUGCCGAAGCCGAGAUGUUUGAUGAUCGCCCAGUGAAGCCUGGUAGAAAGAUACACUGCCAUUGGUUGGACCCAAGUGACCCUGAUUUUGAGGUAGCAAAGAAACUGAAGCUCGUUACCCGAAAGCAUGCUACUGAAGCUUCGUUCUUGCUCAAGCAACAAUUGGACAGAGAAGAGAAACUACAUAAGCAACAGGCGGAGACCCUAAAAGCAAACUUUAAGAAGUAUGAGAUGAUAGUUGGUGUCCUGGGUGAUAAAACUGCCCAAAAUCUGGCAGGCCAUUAUGGUAUGAGAGUUUCAGAUGAUUCGUAAGGUUAUGUUUUCUUUUGCCUGUUUCAGUGAACAACAGAGCUUGUGUCAAAUGUAAAUAUAAACUUCUUUGCAACAAGCUAAGGACAUAGUUAUUUAUUAUUUA